UAAUCCAAAACAAACUCGCACCGAGACGACGCAACCAUGGCAAUUAGCCGUACGUUCAUGGGUCAUCCACUGAUGUUCAAUGUCCACAUCUUGCAUUUUCGAUCAACACUGUAAAAUAUACAUGAUCUGACCACUGUCGUUGCGCUGCUGAAUCACCACAGCGAAGGACGCGACCGAUAAGCCCAGUAUCGAAGAGUUCGCGCAAGGCAGACCUCUAGGCGAAGGAAACUUCUCCCGUAUAUUGGAAGUCACGCACAUAGCGACAGGAGAAAAGUUUGCUCUGAAAGUGAUUGAGAAACAGCGCAUCAAACGGUUGCGUCUUCGCCACCAGAACAUCUUCAACGAGAUUAACAUGGAGAAGGACGUGCUCAACCGUCUUCGCCACCCGAACAUCAUUCGCCUCUAUCAGACUUUCCAAGAUGAUAAUAAUUUGUAUUUCCUGCUGGAGCUGCUUGACGGUGGAGAGCUACUCAGCCACCUACUGCACGAAGGCCGGCAGCUCGGGCUGGACGAGGAUCUCGCACGAUUCUACUUGGCUGACGUCGCGAGCGCCGUCGAGUACAUGCACGCGAACCAGAUGCUACAUCGUGACUUGAAGCCGGAAAACAUGGUGGUCUGCAAGAAUACAGGCGGCCACCUGAAACUCAUUGACUUUGGUACGGCCAAGAACCUGGCUGACUCCAAGCUCAACGGACCGAAUUUCGUCGGCACGCCAGAGUAUAUGCCCCCGGAGACAAUUGACAACAAAGAACCUACCUAUGCUAGUGACAUGUGGGCAUUCGGCUGCAUUGUCUAUCAGCUUUUGACAGGAGAGACGCCAUUUAGUGGUGGGAGCGCGUACCUCACAUUCCUUCGCGUUCAAGAUGGCAGCUAUUACUUGCCAGACUACCUAUCUGACGACGCCAAGGACUUGAUUAGCAAACUACUGCAGAAAGAUCCCAAGAACCGACUAGGAGGCACGGAAGCCAAUGCUAUGAGUGCAGUCAAAGCGCACCCGUUUUUCAAAGGCAUUGACUUUGACAACCACAUACAAGCACAACAGCCAGCUUCCCAGUUUUGUGGAUCAGAGCUAUUCCAGCUAGUGAAAAGGCUUGCCGCUAUGGAAAGGGCUCGUAAUCUGCAGGACCCUCUGAGCUUCGAAGGUGACGUCUUGCAAGAGCAAAUCAAGACACUUUCGUCACGAGAUAGAAGCAUACUGAUGCAUAUUCUUCGUCGCAAGCAAAUCGUGCAUUUGCCAGGGCUAUAUCCUCGCUUCUUUAGCUCGGUUAGUCGUGGUCGGUGCUUGUACGCGCACAACCAUGGAUACAUAGGAUUUACCCAUGACCUUCAAAACCAGUGGAGUGAUAACUUUUCCUUCAUGCAGCUCUCUGGACCUAAGCUUGGACAUGCCACUGCCUUGACUGAAGCAGAUAACCGUGGAGGCUCUGCAUGGGAAACGGAGUCUGCUGCAUUCCUCGAGGCCGUUAAAGUUCUGAACGCCCGACAACCGGCAUUUGUUGUGAUUUGCGGAGACUUUAUCAACGCUAAGCCACGUGAUGAAUUCUACGAUGCCCAAGUUGUAGCUUUCCAGGAGCUACUCAAUCAAAUCAACCCGCAAAUUCGCCUGGUUUUUGCUGCAGGUUCCGAUGAAUUUGGGAACAAAAACGAAUUGACAAAGUAUCAAGAACGUUUUGGUGACGCCCGAUUCAGCUUUUGGUAUGGAGGGAUCAAGUGCAUUGUCGUGAACACAGCGAUACUUUGUCACGAAAAGUACUUCAAAGAAGAAGUGGCAGCACAGACAGGUUAGUGGAUGUUGUCGUCUACAGUAUACGAACUGCCUUUAGUGAGUUAGACUUGGUGUUUUGCAGAAUGGAUGAAAAAGGAAUUGGAGAACGGAAAGCUAUGUGCUCGCGGCACUGUAGUGAUUUCAGGUCACUCGCUCCGUCCGACGAUGCUAAGCACCAAUACAGUUAACAAUAAUGAUCGCGCAACAUCGAAUAGCGACAUCCCAGAACAGGUUUGUACGAUAGUCUCUUGAAUCGUAUGCAACGACCUAAUGGUUCUUCUACUUCAACAGCUUCGAGUAGAAUAUUGGGAUAUGAUCAAGAAUGGGCAGUCGUGUCUUAUGGUGAACGGGAACUCGACUACCGACAGCGUAACCAGCGUCGUGACGAAGGCAUCCGAGCAAGAUGCAGAUGAAUACAAGUGCGAGAUCGUAUCGUGCAAAGCACCAUGGGGAGGUGCCCCCAGUGCCAUCCAUCACACUGAGGUGUCCCAGUCUGGAGUCGUCACGAAGGCGUUAAGUGUUGAUCAUUCAAACGCUAGCGUUAGUUCGAACGCAACAACUAAGCACAGAUCGCUCGCCCCUGAGGAGGAAGGCCAAGAAACUGUUUUAGCUGCCGAGAUGGUAACGAUUAACGUCAACUCUGCACGCAAAGAGUAGUAGAUGCAGACCACGACUGGCAGCAGUAAGUCAUCCAUGAACACAAAAUGUUGAUAUUCUGGUUAACAUCGUGUAGGGAUUCAACAUGGACGACUCUCGACUCACUUUGUGAGUUGUUUGAAAUCAUAAAAAGUUUUCUGCCGCUUGACUGCGCCAAUCACCCCUGGCCCCCACUGUCAAACGUUUAAUGCAUGCUCUCCCUCACAGCAGACUGUCUUCUUCACCUUCGUAGUCCUGGUUCUCUUGAUCAUACUG